AGCAACCAUGGAUAGUAACUUGGGAUUCCUUAUUCUAACAGCAUCACUGUGUCUAUGUCGAGUUUGUUGUGUGUUUGCCGACUUCGUGGAGCCUCCGGAGUCGUACACCCUCACCUCGGUUGCCGAGCGGGAGACGCGGUUGCCGUGCCGAUAUGAGGUGCCGCAGGGCUCCAGCGUGGUGCAGGUCAACUGGAAUAAGGAGCAGCCGGAUGGAUCCCUAGAACUCAUCAUCACUGCACACCACACGGAGGGGACAGUGGUGGGUCACUUGGCCACGCGAGUGCGUUUCGCCUCUAAAGACCCCCUGCGGGACUCCUCCCUGCUCAUCCUGGACACGGAGACCUCGGACGAAGGACGCUACACCUGCCAGGUCAUCACCUACCCCUCUGGCACCGUGCAGAGGACUCUCAGCCUCAUUGUUACUCCUCCCAAGGCACAACGAGACGCAGGUUUUCUUUAA